AUGUUAGAAGAAAGUUUAAAGAAUGGAAGACCCACUGUGAGAGCAAUGAACACGCCUACCAAUGACCAGUUACUUCUCAAAAGUAGUGCAAUCGAUAAAAAAUAUUAUCUCAAUUUGAGGGAUUUGGAGUUCAUCACAAAAAUUGGAAGUUGUCAAUUUGGAUCUGUACAAAUGGGAAUUCUGAAGAAGGUCAAUCAUGAAACAUGUGUUUUUGGAACAAUGGUGGCUAUUAAAUCAAAUCAAUUACCGCGAAACAGAACCGAGUUAGAAAUGCUCGUGGAAAAAGUGAAAAUGUUGGCAUUUAUGGAACCUCACCCAAAUAUUCUGCCGUUGAUUGGAACAGUAAUAAAUGAUAUUAGCAGAGCUGGCAUGUUGUACAUAGUUACUCCUUUAGCAAAAUAUAAGGAUUUGAGAACGUUUCUUAUUUCUAAAAAGCCACCACCGCGCAAUUAUAAAAAUAUUGGUAAAGGCGAAAAAGAGAAACUGAUGAACGCAGAAGAGGUAACCCUUACAAAGUCAGAUUUGACGGCAUUUGGAUUGCAACUUGCCGACGGAAUGGAAUUUCUUGCAAGAGUCCCGUGCGUUCAUAGAGAUUUAGCCUGCAGAAACAUCUUGGUAACAGAGAACAAAACUAUUCAAAUUGGUGAUUUUGGACUCGCUAAAAAGUUCAACGAAAAGUAUUGUUAUAAGUAA